CUCAAUAUUUAUAUCACCAUGUAAGUCGUCCUCCAUUUUCUGUGCCUUGAAGUUCAAAUUAGAUCGAAGCUGUGUUUUUGGGGGAGUUCCACUAAUUGCUACUUCCCAAGCCAGUCUUGAGUGCAGAAAUUUUUUUAAAGAUCUAAGCUAAGGUAGGAGGAUAUGAGGGAUUCAAUGACGAGAGUUAAUUUUAAAGAAGAGGAUUCAUCUUCUCAUUGUUCACUUCAUCCCAUCUAUAAAUCUAAUCCAAAUGGGGAAGACGAUGAACAACCAAUGACUCCAACACCUCAUAGACCUCUUGUUAGUGAUGAGUGGGGAUCUUCCAACCACAAAUACCUUGAUGCUAUCAAUUGGUCACCUAAGGACAAUCCUGCACCCGCCAUCAAUGGCAAUGACGUUGAUAACGUCGAUGGAGAAGAAGAGAGCGACAACAAUCCCACGGCCCGGCCUUCGACAGAAGACGACCGCUCCGAUACUGGAGCGCCAAGGCGAGAGAGCCAUGGAAAUGGGGCACAUUCAAGCCAUAACGACGGAGUAGAGCCUGAACCCAAUCCAAUUCCCACGGCAGAGAAACAUCAUUUUAUUCUUUGCAACACGAAGAAAAAAAGUGGAUACCUUCCACUAAAUGUUGGGCUGUAUCAAGCUGCACUAAAGGGUGACUGGAAGACUGCGAAAUCAAUAUUUGCCAUAAAUUCAUCAGCUGUGACAAUGAAGAUAACUGAUGCAGAGGAAACUGCACUUCAUAUUGCUGCUGCUGCCAAGCAUAUUUCUUUUGUUGAAAACUUGGUUGAACUUACCUCUCCAUCUGACUUAGCUGCUACAAAUGCACAAGGAAAUACUGCCCUUGCUUUUGCCGCUGCAUCAGGAGUUGUAAGAAUUGCUAAAGUAAUGGUUGACAAGAAUCCCAAUCUUCCAAAUCUUGUUCAUGAUCCUCAAAUACCUAAACCAAGCCCAGUUUUAAUGGCAGUAGCCUACAAACGCAAAGACAUGGCUUCCUUCCUUUUCUCUAAGACCAAUUUCGAAGCCUUAGAUACUUCUGAACAGAUUGAACUUCUUAUUGCUACCAUCUCCACUGAUUAUUAUGAUAUAGCAUUGGAUAUUCUCAAAAAGAAACCAGAAUUAGCAAUUGAACGAAAUGAGGAUAACGAUACAGCUUUACACGUGCUAGCAAGAAAACCUUCGGCAGUUGGUAGCAGCAGUGAGCUUAGCUUUUGGAAAAGACAUGUAAACUCACGCUUCAACGGAAUCUACAACAAAGCUUUGAUGCAGACAUUAGCCCAUCAAAUUGUUGAACGUCUAUGGAAGUUUGUUGUCCAGGAGCUUACAAAACAAGAGCUAUCAAAGUUUAUAAAAACUCCAUCAAGAUUAUUGCAUGAUGCUGCAAAAGUUGGAAAUGCUGAGUUCUUGAUAAUACUCAUUCGGUCAUAUCCCGAUCUGCUAUGGAAAGUUGAUGAGGAUAAUAAAAGCAUAUUUCAUAUAGCAGUUGAAAAUAGACAAGAAAGCGUCUUUAGUUUAAUAUAUGAGAUAGCAGGGCUCAAAGAUUUCAUUGCCAAUUAUCACGACAAAGAGAAAAACUCCAACAUGCUACACUUAGCUGGAAUACUGGCUGCUCCAUAUCACCUCAGCAGAGUGUCAGGGGCAGCUCUACAAAUGCAACGGGAGCUUUUGUGGUUCAAGGAAGUGGAGAAAAUUGUAGUGUCCUCCCAUCUUCAAAUGAGAUGUUCUAUUCCAAAGCCUUCUCAACAAGUAGAGAUGAUAAGAGACCAGAAAAUGAAAUGCUCUACUUCAGAUGAGGCGCUACCUCAAGUGAAGAUCAGGAUAAAAGAUCAGGAGAUCAUAUACUCUGUUUCAGAGCUUUCUCAAGUGAAGAUAAUAAGAGAUCCAGCUGAUUGCCUGACACCUCGUGAGUUAUUUACAAAAGAGCACAAAGAACUGCUGAAAUCUGGUGAGGAGUGGAUGAAGAAUACAGCGAAUUCGUGCAUGCUGGUGGCAACCCUCAUUGCAACAGUAGUUUUUGCGGCAGCCUUCACAGUUCCAGGAGGCAAUGAUAAUACCGGAGGCAUUCCUAUUUUCCGGGAGAAUCAAGCAUUUACGGUGUUUGUGGUAUCAGAUGUUACAGCUUUAAUAUUGUCUACAACUUCAAUACUCACUUUUUUAUCAAUCUUGACGUCGCGCUAUGCAGAAGACGAUUUCAUGGUAUCAUUGCCAACCAAGUUAUUGGUUGGGCUGCUGACGUUAUUCGUUUCUAUAGCAUGCAUGGUGGUGGCUUUCAGCGCAACCUUCUUUAUUGCUUAUGAUAAAACAAAGGCGAGGAUUCCAUUGGCCAUCGCUGCAGUGGGCAUCAUUCCAGUUGGGUUGUUUUGUGUGUUUCACUCUAAACUUGUGUUGGAUCUAUUGCGCUCCGCUUAUUGGUCUAAAUUUUCUUUGAGGCAACGUAAAAGAAGGUUAUUUUAGAACAAUUGCAUCAAUGCCUAUCGAGGAUUUUCUCAAAUUUUUAUAAAGAUGUUGUAAUAUUGAGAAAUUAGGAUGUGGUAAUAUAUGUAAUUUCAUGAAAAUAAUUUGGAUGUUAGGAAUUUCUUACUUUAUUCGUAAAAUUAGGGUGGAUAUAUGGUUGGAGCUU